AUGGCGGGGCUGGAUGCGGUGCACUCCACGCUGGGCCUGCCCUGGUGGGCCACUCUUUCCUUGCUGGCGGUGAGCGUGCGGGGCGUCAUGUUCCCGGUGGCCCUCAAGGGCAUGCGCGCGGGUGGCGCGCUGAGCCUGCUGCCCGAGGCCCAGGCCGCGGCGAGGCGCCAGUGGGAGGCGGGCGGGGGCGGGCGACGCGUCCCUGGGGUGGACAGCGAGGGGGCGCCUGGCGGGGCGGGCCGGCUGACGGGAAAGCCGGGCACGUCGGGCUCUGGGCGACGCGGCGCAGCGGAAAGCAUCAAGUCAGACCGAGAGCCAGGGGCAGAGGACGGCGAGGCCACGCCCCAGGACAUCCCCCGGAAAGGCCCGCCCCUCCCCCUGGUCGUGCACCACCUCGACCGUCUGCGGCUGGCGGCAGGCCUGCCCCACCCCGGCUGGGUGCUGGGCGCCCCGCUGCUCCAGGUCCCCUUCUUCGUGGCGGGCAUGGCCACGGCACGUGGCCUGGCCGCCACGCACUGGCCUGGCCUGGAGGUGGGAGGUCUGGCCUGGUUCACUGAUCUCACCCUGCCAGCGCUGGAGCUCGGCAGCGUGGCGGCGCCCAUGGGCUCCCUGGGCCUGGUGCUCCCCGCCGCGAUCAUCCUCUCCAUCUCCAGCGUCCUGGACGCGGCGCUGCGCGUGCCCGGGGGCAAGGCCGGGCAGGGCGACGACCGCGCGGCGCUGGCGCGCUUUGCGCUGCCCUACGUCCGGCUGGCCAUCGACAUCGGCCUGGUGCCCCUGUUCAUCAUCGCCCUGCAAGUGCCCCAGGCCGCCCUGUGCUACUGGCUGACCAGCAGCGGCAUCACGCUGCUACAAGGCAAGCUGCUCCGCUCCUCGCCGGCCGCCAGGCGGGCGCUGGGGCUGGAGCCGGGCCACGGCACGCAGAGGGCGCCGGCCGCCGCGACGGCCGCGAUGGCCGCAACCCCCAAGCCCAAGACGCUGGAGGGCAGGCCACAGCCGGCGGCCAGGGGCCAGCUCUCCCUGGGCCUGCGCCGGGUGCUGGUGGAGGCCCAGUCCGGGGACGAGGGAAAGCUGUUCGAGCGCGCCGCCGAGCUGGUCGCCGCGCGCCAGCCGCGCGCGGCGCGCGAGGUCCUGCUCCGGGUGCUGGAGCUGGCGCCGCGGCAGCCCAGUGCCGCGUUCGCCCUGGGCCAGAUCAGCGCCACGAGGAAAGCGUGGGACGAGUCGGAGCGGUGGUACGCCGCUGCCGCCCAGUGGCACGAGGAUCCACAACUCGUCGCCCGCUCCUGGUUCGGGGCGGGCGUGGCCGCGAAGAUGCAGGGAGAGCCGGAGCGGGCCCUCCCCAUGUUUGCGCAGACCGUCCAGACUGCACAGACGGACGAUCUGAAGGCGCGGGCCCUGGUGGCCCAAGCCUCCGUGCACCAAGGCCUGGGCGAGGUGGGCGCCGCCAUCGACGUCCUGCGCGAGGCAGCGCAGUACGACGACAAGGUGGAGGCGCAGUUCAUCCAGCCCCUGCUGCAGCGCGCGUUAAAGAAGAAAUGA